AUGAUGGGGGCUGAAGUGUACUUCGCCAAUGGAUUGAGAAAGAUCAAACCAUAUCAUCACUCGAGGCUUUCUUUCGCUAAAGGAAGAUGGCUUGACAGAACACUGUUGGAUGUGUUAAGCGAUGAAUUCCGAGCGAACACCAAGGAAGAAUAUGAGAAAGGCAUCUUACAGAAGAAGUUCCAAAUUAUACGUGACGGGGCCGAGCUGAGCGUGGAAGAAGUCUUAAAGGGGCAAAUUCGCAACAAAGACGUUAUCAGAACCACGUCACAUAAGCAUGAACCUCCUGUCAGACAAUGGGCCAAAGAAGAGAAUAGCGGCCUCGGCUGGGUUGCAGGUAUGAAGGUGGUGCACGAGUGUGAAGAUUUACUAGUGAUAGACAAACCCAGUGGCAUACCUAUCCACCCGACUGGGCAAUAUUAUCAGAAUACGUUAGUGGAGGUACUAAAGAGUCACGGCAAAACGGUGUUUCCAAGUCACCGUUUGGACAAGAUCACAUCUGGGGUCUUGAUUCUCACCAAAAACCCGCAUAUGGCGAACAAAAUUCAGCAUCAGAUUAGGCAGCGCACUAUGAGUAAGAUAUACCUUGCUCGUGUUGACGGCGCAUUUCCCAUGGCUGACACGCUAGGGUCUUUAACCCCGUUCGAGAGCCCAGACAAGACUCAGACUGUAGAUUCUGCCAUAUAUACCGUCGAGCUGAAAAAACAAUUCCCAGCAGCAUUCUCGCCUCCCCGCGAGGCAAAAACGAAAUUCUAUCCACUCAAAUAUUAUCCGAAGUCUGACGAAACUUUAGUCGCGUGUCAGCCGAUCACAGGGCGUACACAUCAGAUAAGAAUUCAUCUUGCAAGAUUAGGGCAUCCAAUAGUCAACGACCCUUUUUAUAAUCUUAAGAAUUCUCGAUAUCCCAAGCGAUUAACAUUUAUGUUAGAAUGUCACAAUUGGAACAAGCAAGCAAACAAAUCUCCCUCUCUAUCUGAGUUAUUUGAGGAAUUCUUGGGGGAGGCAGAGAAACUUCAAAGGUCAGAGCGCUCAGCCCUUACCUUAGAGAAAUGCCCGGAAUGCGAUGCCAGUAUUUAUCCUGACCCAACCUGCGAGGAAUUGCAACUUUUCCUGCAUGCAUGGAAGUACACAGAUGACUCCGGUAGCUUGAAAUUCGAGACCGAGAUUCCGAAGUGGGCAAAAAGCGGCUGGACAUGA